GACGCACUUGAAGGCAUCGUUUGUCGUUAUGACACCCACCGCCCCACCCCCAGUCACCAUAGCAACCAGAUGCCACGCGGCAGCAGCGGCAGAGUUUUCCACUUCCCGUUGUUUUCGUUCAAUUUCAUUUUUUUCGUCCGCGGUUAGCUUAGCUGUGUUGCUAACAUGCCUCUGUUCGUGACCGACUACACGUGGACGCAGACGGACACGACGGUACGCGUGCACGUGCCGCUGAAAGGAGCCAAAGCAGCGAGGGUGGACGUGGUGUCCACAGAUCAGUACCUGAAGGUUCAUUUUCCUCCGUUCCUGUUCGAAGUGUUUCUCUUUGAAGCCGUCGACGACGGUAGGAGCUCAGUGAAGAUCGGAAACGGAGUCGCCAUCUUUAGUUUGAUGAAGAAAACCGAGAAAACCUGGGACCAUCUGAUGAUGAUGUCAUGUGAUAAAGAAGCGAAGCGCCAGAUGAGAGAGCGAGCUCUGCACAAACACCACGAGAAGCUCACAGCGCUGUCCAUGUCCAACAUGGAGACACUGAGAGCCCGGAAGACAUUUCUGUUGGAGACAAUGAUGAAGCUGGAACGUGAGGGCGCUGACAGAGUUCAGAAGAUGAAGGACACGGAGCGUGAGAAGACGAUGGCCGAGCUGGAGGCGUGGCAGCAAACACGCAAACAAACAGCAGGAGAAGAAGAAAACGACACCAACAACGACAAGGACCCGACAGAGAGGACAGGAAGUGGAAACAUGCGACCGGGUGAAACAGGAAGUGCAGCAGCAAAGUGCAAGAAAAAAGAGGCGGAGCUUCCAUCUCCAAGAUGGGCGGGACACAUUGGAGUGACGUUUACGCCUCGGGUUUUUCCAACAGCUCUACGAGAAUCACGAGUGCAGGAGGAAGAGGAAUGGCUGAGGAAACAGGCUGAGACUCGUCGUUCAUUCAGAACUCAACAGGAAGUGGAGGAUGUGAACGAGGAGCAGCAGAAUCCUGAUUGGCUGAAGGAUAAAGGAGAUCGAUGUUUUGCAGCAGGAGAUUAUCUGAGCGCAGUCAACGCCUACAGCGCCGCCAUCAGGUUGAACCCAAGCAUGGCGGCGCUGUUCUCCAACAGAGCAGCGUGUCACCUGAAACUGAGGAACCUGCACAAGAGCAUCAAGGACUCCUCCCAGGCUCUUCACCUGAUGACCCCCCCUGUAACUGCAAACGCAGCGUCUAGAGCCAAAGCUCAUGUUCGUCGAGGAGCAGCGUUCUGUGAGCUGCAGCUCUACGACCAAGGUCUGCAGGAUUACGAGGCUGCUCUGAAGAUUCACCCUGACAUUGAAGAUCUGCACAGAGACACACAGACCAUACGAGACAUGAUGAAAGGACAUGUCACACACACACACACCAUAAAGUGAUGUGACAACAUAUCUAUCACGUUUGGAAAAAUGAGAGAACAACAACUCUACUGCAAAACAUCGUUAUUUAUAGUUACAAUGGAACGUGUGUACUUACAUGCAUACAUGUGAAGUAUUUCUACAUAAAUUUGAAGUACAUACAUGUGUGUAGUACAUGUGUGUACAUGUGUAGUACGUGUGUGUACUCUACAGAUUUUAAAAACAGUGAACACUACAUAGUUGCAGAGGUGCAGAGCGCCCUCAUGUUUCCAACAGUGAAAUGUUUACUGUUGAUGAGAAAUGUUUGAAAAACAUUUAUUUUUAAAGAAAAUUUAAAAUAAAUCAAUAAACAUUUUUGAAUGAA